UUUCCUCCCAAAACCCUAGCGCAUCUCGUACCUUUCUUCACAGACACACACGCAGAGAGGAGAGAGAGAGAGAGAGAUGCCUCCUCGAGCGAAGAAGGCGUCUGCAGCAAAAAAGCCAGGUCCGAAGACAAAGAAAGCGACGCCAAAAUCCAAGAAGGGCGCCGCAUCCAUCUCCGUCGAAGAAAACAAUCUCUCCGAACCCGAAGUUCCGUCGCCCUCCGUCGAUGAGAAGAACAUUUCAGAACCGGAAGAUCAGCUAUAUACAAUCUCGGAGGAGAAGACCGUUAUAAAAGAGGAAUCGACGGUUGUAUAUGAAUCCGUCAUCGUAGAAGAAGCGUCUUUACCGAGCGCAGCCGCAGCGUUGGAGCCGCAUCCAAAAGAGGAAUCUGCGGUCGUAGAAGAAACUGUUGCGGUAAAAGAAGCGGUUCUACCGAGCGCAGGCGCAGCAUUGGAGGCUCAUCCGAAAGAGGAGGUUCCAACAACGGUCGAGGAGUUGGAGGUUUCGGAAUCGGAGGAAGCAGUCGACAACGGGAAGGAUGAUGAUGUUUACGAAGAACCGGAAGAAAUUGAAGGGGAUGAGACUGAAGGCAGCACACCAAUGGAUACAGAAGAAGCUGCCUCAGGUGUCGAGCAGGAAAUAGUUGAAGAGGAGGAGACUGGAGUAGAUGAAAUUGAGGAUGCUGAAGGAAGUGAGGACGAUAAUGCUGGCAGUAAUGAAGAUGAUGAUGAGAGUGGAAGUGAUGAUGAAGAAGAUGACGAAGGGACAGAAGAGGAUGAAGAGGAGGCUGGAGUAGAUGAAGUCGAAGAUGCUGAAAGAGGUGAGCAAGAUAAUGCUGACACUAAUGGAGAUGCUGAUGAUAGUGGAAGUGAUGAUGAAGAAGAUGAUGAAGGGACAGAAGAGGAAGAUGACCCUUCUGUAUAUAUGCAUGCUCCUCUAACAGAUAGGAAAAAAGGGGAUUUUGAGAUUUUUGUCGGUGGGUUGGACAAGGAAGCAGUUGAAGAUGAUUUGACAGAAGUCUUCACCCAAUUUGGAGAAAUUCAGGCGGUAAGAAUUGUGAAGCAUCCAACAACACAGAAAAGUAAGGGUUUUGCAUUUGUACGGUAUGCUACCACUGAGCAAGCCAAGAAAGCGCUUGAUGAGUUGAAGGAUGGAACAGAGGUGAAGGGCAAGCUUGUUCGUGUUUCAGCUAGUCUGGACAAUGAUACGCUAUACAUGGGUAAUAUUUGCAAGACAUGGACAAAAGAUCAUGUACUUGCUACACUUAAAGGGUAUGGCAUUGAGCAGAUUGAGGAAAUAUGUUUACCUGAUGAUCCCAAGAAAGAGGGAAAGAGCAAAGGUUUUGCUUUUCUGGAAUUUAGCACCCAUUCUGAUGCUAUGGCAGCAUUUCAGCGGUUGAGAAAGCCAGAUGCUGUUUUAGGCCGUGAUAGGAGUGCCAAAGUUGCUUUUGCACAAUCAUUACAUCCGAGGGAGGAGGCUUUGUUACAGGUGAAGACUGUAUUUAUUGAGUGCCUGCCAGCUUCUUGGGAUGAAGACAAGGUAGAGGAACACUGCAAACAAUAUGGAGAAAUUGAGAAAGUUCAACUACCUCGAAAAUCCACCACAAAAAAGCGUAAAGAUUUUGGAUUUGUGGAGUUUGCCUCUCGAGAAAGUGCAGUAACAUGUGUGGAGGGAAUAAACAAUGCCCAACUUGGGGAGGGAGAGACCAAGGUCAAAGCUAACAUUGCAAAGCCUCAGAAUAAGGGUCGGCUUGCAAAGCUGGGUAUUCGAGGUGGAUUCAAGGUUAAGAAGGAUGGUGGAAAUGCAGAAGAAGCCAGUCUACCUAAGGCGAAAGGCAAUGCUAAUCCAUCUAAGGUGAAAGGCAAUGCUAAGGCCAAAACAAUUGAACAGAAGGGGAAGGCUCAUGUGAACUUGAAAGGCAGUGAAGCAAGCAAGCCAUCUAAAAGCAAACCCGUUGAAGGUCAAGGAGGUGGUCCAUCCCAAGGUCGCCAGAAAAAGGAACAAGAUUCAAAAGUUCAAGGUGCUGGCCCCUCCCGGGGUAGCCUGAAAAAGGAACAACAAUCAAAAGGUGUAAAGCGUGGUGGUAGAGGCAUGGAAAGUACAAGGCCAUCAAAGAGAGCACGUGAUAAUCGUAAUAUUGGCAAUGCUCGUGGCAGACCUGUUCAUAAUUUUGGCAACCGGAAGAACUUCCGAUUUGGAAAGCCAAAAGCAAAUCAGUACAUGCGUCGAGCUGCAUAUAGCGAUGCAUAUGCACCAAGGUAUGGAGUGCAUGCAACUAGCUACCAGGAUCGUGCUUAUGGUGCAGCUGCUGGAUCUAGACAUUACUAUUCUGAUAUGGAACCUCAUGCUGGAUACAUGGAACCUACUGCAGACAUGGUCCGAGAUCCAUAUGCUUAUGGCCCGAGAAGUUCUGGUGGAUAUGAUAGCCAUGGCAGGAUUGGCGCAGGAUAUAUUGGAGGACCGCUUCCCCCAUCAUCCUAUGUACAUCAGUAUCCAAGCUAUGCUGGAUAUGAGGCUGGUUAUGGAUAUCCUAGCACUGCUGCCUAUCCACCUCGCAGGUCAUAUUAUUAAUGCCACUAGAGCUUGCUGAUUGUGGGGUUGUUGGACAGUGUGGGAGGUGCAGCCCUGUCAGGUUUUUUGGUCCGCUGAUGGGGGGUUUGUUCGGCAUGUUGUGCAUGCAGUGGAGAGUUCACAAAUUGAGCAUUUUGGAAGUCAAGAGAUCCUGAAGAUUCUAGUCUCCCAACCAUUACCUAAAUAUCUCAUGUUAACUUUGAUCUAAAUGAGAAUCUUUUUAUACCGUUUCAGAUGCAGAUUUUCUGGCUGCUUAUGAAAUCAUCUUUGUUAUGCGA